CUUCAAUCGGCGGUCUGCCAAUACGAGAUCGUAGAUUUUUUUGUUAACCUCCGUGGUAGCCGUUUUCGGGGCACCUGGGUGUGGCUCAUCAAACACCGACGUGCGACCACGUUGAAACUCGAUAAACCAAUUUUUGUUGGUCGCGGUCGUGCAGAUGCAAAAAUACUCGUCUUCGACUCGGAUUUUUGUUGCCACCAGCAAUCAUGCUUCUUGUUAAAAUAUUACGUGUUUUUUCAAUUUUUUUUCGGAAGAAUUGGUGGCCCUUGUGAUAUUACUUAUAAGAAUAUUUUGCUACGCAGCUGGAUUUGACAUUGCUUCCAGUUUCGCGAUUUGAUCACAAUAUCAGAUGAACUUUGUGUGCAUGUGCACACCCUGUAUUUUUCAAUGAUUGAUUCCGCGUACUUGAAUCUUGAAUUACAGGAAUCAGCAAAAAAGUAGUUACUGUUAUCUAACCUAAAUGUGUAUGUAGUAUAAAUUUACAAAUUUUUCAUUUGCCAUGUACGUAUGGUGGUGGUAGACUUUCCUGUGCUUUCCGUAUUAAUUCCUUCACGUAUAGUGCCCCACAAUCCUUUGCAAUAAUAAUAAUUAACGUUUCAAAAACGUUGCAUAGCCUCCUUUGACUUAGUGAAAUAUCAACUCUUGACCCUGACCAUACAAAAAAUAAACAGCUGAAGUGUUGACAAAAUCGAAGCAAGCUAUGACAGAAAUUUAAAAAUCUAGUUAAUUUAGAUAAGAUUAGCCAGAUCCCCUCUUCAAUUUAGUUUUCGUAUCGAACUUGAGCGUAUCGAAGGUCGUCGCUAGGUCGCAGAAACACAGCUAAAAGGUAGCCGGCACCAACACUGCGCAAGCUCAAGAUCAGCUAUACCAGUGGCGUAAUAGAAGUGUGGAUUUCGGGAUGUGUUCCAGUGCGUUACCUCAUUUUGCCAAGGGCGAAGUUGUAAAAGGAUUUGGGAGAGGUUCUAAGGAAUUAGGAUGCCCUACAGCUAAUUUUUCUGAAGAAAUAGUGGAUAAUCUGCCGCAAGAGUUGUCUACGGGUGUUUAUUAUGGCUUUGCCAAUGUUGAUAAAGAUAUUGAAAUUAUAGCCAGGCCCCUAAAAUAAUAGUGAUAAGGUUGGGCCUCUCAUAUAAUACUCGAAUACUGAAUGUUCUAGCCAGCGGUUGUCCCACGAGUACACAGCGGCAUCUAUAAUUUAAUAAAUUAAUCAAGUUGACAGCUGACAGAGUUGUCAAGAACAACCACAUUCACAAAUUUUAAACAAACUAAACUUUCUAGUUGUAGUUACCCAAAUAGUUUCUUUGUUUUUAUUGCAACGAUUAACGCAAUAGAAAGUUUAUGGAAAAAAAUUGGUAAAACUUUCUAUUCAAAUUGUUGAUUUCUGAUAAAAAUAACUGGUCUUUAUUUCACAUAAGUGUUUACCAAAUAUGGCAUUAAAAAUAAACCAAGAAACUUUCAAUAAUGUUGUCCGCGAGAAUAUUGAAGAUCUUGGGAUGACACCAGAAGAAGCUGUUAAAGGAGCUAUAGAACAAUUUGAAUUACAGGGUGCAGAUUUGAGCUUGAUUAUUAAAGACCUAAUGAUAGAUCCACCAGAUAAUAAUGUCCAGGAACUCCUCAAUAAACUGGAGAGUCUCAACAAAGCAAAAGAUGCUAAGAGAGAAGAUGUUAUAGAACAGUUAGAUCUUAUUAAAGCUGAGUGUGAAAAGGGCCUUCCAUAUAAAGUAGAAGCAGGAAGACAUGGUGCUUACGACAUACUUCUGGACACCAUGAAAGCACACAGUAGAGACAACAAUGUUUUGACAUCAUGUUUGAGGGCACUGAUAGCACUGAUGUCAAAACAGCCGGAUCUUUUUGAUGAAAAGGGCAUUGACGUUAUUCAUACUUACUUGAAAAAAGAAGUUGAGUAUGAUGUGAAAAGGCUGACUUUGAAAUGGACCAGGGAGUGCUGUGUCAUGCAUGAAAUGAAUAGACAGCUGAUUUUCAAUUCAAAAAUUGUGGAUAACUUGAAAGAGCUGCUAGGUGAGGGAGCAUCAGAUAUAUUAAGAGAAGUGCUGAGUGUAAGUAGAGCACUUGUACUUGAUGAUGAUGUUAGAGUUGAAUUUGGAAAAGCUCAUGAACAUGCUAGAGUUAUUGCCAGUGAAACACUUUGCGCUCUAACAGGACUAUUAACAAGAUUUAAGCAUGAUGAAACCCUUAUGACUGAUCUAAUGCUUACUUUGUGUUCUCUAAUGGUGAGAGCAGAAUUUUGUAAGAAAGUUGAUGAUGCAGGAGGUCUUAACUUGCUUAGGGAUGUAUUAAAGGCAUAUCCAAAUAGUGAGAAAAUUGCCAGACACAGUUUUAAGCUGAUAAAAGCAUUAGCUGGUAAUGAUGAGUGUAAAGCCCACAUGAUUGAAAAAGGCCUGGCACCAAUUAUAAUCAAUGUUAUGGUGUCCAAUAAGGAUAAGGUUCAAGCAGCUACCGCUGGUUUAUCUGCAAUAGCAGCUUUGAGUUUACGGGCUCCCAAAAAUAGCACAGCACUUUUUGAAGCAGGAGCCCCAGCAGCUAUUAUUGAGAUCAUGAAAUUGCAUCCUGAGGAGAAAUCAAUACAGAAAAGUGGCAGUUGGGCAAUCAGAAACAUGGUAUCCCGCUGCAGGGACCAAAGCUCCACAUUCCUAGAACUUGGGGCUGAGGAAAUCCUCCAUGCUGGUUUGAAGAAAUAUAAGGACAUUGAAUAUGACUUGAAAGCUGCUUUGAGAGACUUGGGCUGCAAGGUCCAGUUAAAGGAAGAAUGGACUGGAAAAGGAGGCGCAUUAACUACAGGAAAAAAGCCUUAAAUAACUUUAUGAAUUGCAUUUUUUUAUUAGGAUUUCCAAUUACUUAUUUUUACCACAAUUUUCCACGUUUCUAUCACUGUAUCACCACUGCUGAGAAUUCUAGAAAUACUUGAGCUAUUAACGUUAUUUAUGCUAGACUGUUAAAAUAUAUUUUUUAAUAAUAACGUCUCACAAAUUUACUAAAUUCAUGGUGAAUGCAGCCGUAAUUUUUUGUAAGCUCUGACUGAUCUAGAAUCUAUAUAUAGGGGCAAAUAUAUAUUUUACACUGUACAAGUAUAUUCAUAAUAAUAUACAUUUUGUUAUACUUUUAUAAAAUAUAAUUCAUGCUUUUACACAAUA